UCACUAUUAGUGGGACGUCUGGUGGGAUGUGCACCGCAACACUCACAGCUCCUCCGCUUGCCGGUCUGUCAGGAUAGCGCUCAUGGCGGGGAUGACCGGACGACCACCAUACACGGGAGGUGAUCAGGAUGUGCGCUGGCAGGGCGGCGAUGUGGGUUUCUUUUGUGGUCUGGCGGGGAUUUGCGGUGAGUGUCUGCGCAGAGACAGUCGGCGGGGUGUCUCGCGGUGCGCACCGGGUGGGAGACAGGCAGCGGUAAGGCGCGGGGGAGCAACUGCAGUAAUCGCAAAUUGAGCGCAAACUGAGCGCAAGGAGUCCGGAUUGGACUUGGUGUGUGUUCUCGUGGGCCCCCAGUAUUCACUGGGACAUGGAUGGGGCGGGCAGCUGUACUGAGUAUGUACUUCGUGCGGCGAUGAUGAUGCCGCAGCAGCAGCGCGAAAGUUACCGUAGCGACAGCGCCCGCGAACACAAAACAACCCUCCAUUUGCAGCCCAACCAGCACGACGGCACUACCCAGUACCCACAGAACACUGCGCCCGCCAGGCCCUAUCUCGACUGCGACAUCGUUCUUACGACGCGCAGAACGAGUGCGCCACAGCCACAGACGUUUAUCUGCACGCACACUCACCCCCGCACCAAACACCACACACAACACGCCAUGGCCGAUAAAGAAGAGGACUUUAGUGCCCUCCCCCUCCCAGAUCGCUUCACACACAAGAACUGGAAGGUUCGGAAGGAAGCAUACGAGGCAGCUACCAAAGAGUUCAAGAUCGCUGCGAGUGAGAACGAGCCUAUAGUGCGCCAGUUCAUCAACGAUGCAAGCAUAUGGAAAGGCGUCGUGGGCGACUCCAACGUCGCGGCACAACAAGAAGGCCUCGGCGCACUAUGCGCCUUCCUCGAAAUAUCUGGCCAGCAGGGCUGUACACGAACGCGACAAGUCACAAUUGCUACCAUCGCCGAAAAGGGUCUCCCAUCAACCCGUGCCGCAGCGAAGCAAGCUGCGCUCGAAGCGCUGAUGCUCUAUAUCGAGACUGAUAAGCCCGAGCCGGUCAUCGAGGAGCUUCUUCCCGUUCUUUCGCAUAAAGUCCCCAAAACCAUCGCUGCGACACUAGACGCCCUGACCCAACUUUACCACGCCUACGGCUGCAAGACGAUCGAGCCCAAGUCCGUCCUCAAGAUUUUACCCAAGGUCUACGGCCACGCAGAUAAAAACGUCCGAGCGAAGGCACAGGAGUUGACUGUCGAGCUCUACCGAUGGCUCAAGGAUGCUAUGAAGCCUCUGUUCUGGAGCGAUCUGAAGCCCGUUCAGCAACAAGAUCUUGAGAAACUGUUCGAAAAAGUCAAGGAUGAGCCAGCACCGAAGCAGGAGCGCCUGCUUCGCUCUCAACAGGCAGCGAAAGAGGCAGCUGCAACAGCGCCAGGAGGUGGCGAUGACGAGGUCGAUGACGAGGAGGAGGCUGCUAUCGAUUUAGAGCCUGACUUCGAGGCCGUCGAUGUUUUUGCGAAGAUACCGAAGGACUACAAUGAGCGUCUGGGCUCGACCAAGUGGAAAGAUCGCAAAGAGGUGCUGGAGGAAACGCAAAAGGCUCUGGACAUCCCGAGAAUCGCUGAAGGACCAUUCGACGACUUGGUACGCGGCUUCGCCAAAUCCAUGAAGGAUGCAAACGUUGCAGUUGUGAUCACGGCAGCAAACUGCGUUGAGCUCCUGGCCAAGGGCCUGAAGAAGAGCUUCAACAAAUACCGCAAAGACAUCAUGAACGCCAUGAUGGAAAGGCUGAAGGAGAAGAAGCAGACCGUAACGGAUGCGCUGGGAGCUGCUCUCGACGCCGCAUUCGCGUCUUCAAACUUCGCAGAUUGCCUGGAAGAAAUAUUGGAGUUCCUGAAACACAAGAACCCUCAGGUCAAGCUGGAGUCUACAAGGUUUUUGGUUCGAUGUCUGAGGAACACUCGCGAGGCCCCUUCACCGCCAGAAGCAAAAACAUUGGCGGAAGCCUCGACCAAGCUCUUGACCGAGUCGCAAGAGGUACAGCGUUCUGCGGGUGCGGAAGUACUCGGCACACUAUGGAAGAUCAUGGGAGACCGCAUCAUGAACGCGCAUAUGGACGGUCUCGAUGACAUCAGGAAGAACAAGAUCAAGGAAUACUAUGAGGCAGCGGAAGUCAAGGCCAAGUACAAGCCGAAGGCUGCUGCACCUCCACCCAAGCCUGCAGCUGCACCAGCCGGAAAGAAGCCAGCACUCGGAAAGCGACCAGCUCCCAAGAAGGCCGCACCAGCAGCAGCAGCUCCACAACCACCACCUGCCGAAGAGCCAACAGCACCGCUGGCUCCGAAGCCUACAGCACGCCCUGGUGUGUCCAAGCUCAAGUCAGGUCUUGCAGGCCCACGUCUUGGAGGAUUGAAAAAGCCUGGACUUGCUGCUCCCUCGCCGAGGAGGCCAAUUGCUUCGCCACCUCUUGAGGAAGAGGAUAUCGCACCACCACCACAACCGAAAUUCGGCGCUGGACGAGGUCUUGCGGGUCGCCCACUGGGCAAGCCCGCUGCUGAGCCCGUUGCUGCCCCAACCGCUGCCCCGACUGGGCUGGGCUUGGUAGAGCGAGCGGAGCUUGAGGAAUUGAGAGCCGAAGCUGAAAGACUGCAGCGACACAACGAAGAACUUCGCACGGAGCGCACGAAGCUGACGUCUCAGAUCUACGAGCUUCAGAACCAAAACGCUCAACUAAUCGAAGACCACACACGUGACGUGCUCUCCAUCAAGGCCAAAGAAACUCAACUUGUUCGGGCUCGCUCAGAUUAUGAGGCAGCAGAACAAACAACACAGUCCCAGCAACGGGAGAUUGACCGUUUGAAGAGGGAGCUCAGCCGCCAAGUUCGUGUCACUUCCCCACCUCCUGCAGAUCUAGAGCAUCAGAUCUACUCUGAUAGCAACGGGCGCUUCGGUGACUCUAGCUAUACCAGCCACGCGUCGUAUGGUAGCAAAGACAGCCGCAUUGCGAGUGGGCCGAUUAGUCCGGGCGGUGACGGUAAGGAGAACUUUGAUUCUCUCUCUCGACUAGACAGUCAUAUGAGUGACAAGCUAAGUCCUCUGCGAGCAGAUGCGUCCGGCAAAUCGUCGUUCUCAUCUCGCGGUGGUCGUAAUAGCCCAGCUGAGAACGGCACAAGUCGUCUUGGCAGCUCUCAAGCUGCUUCUGGUGCAGAGAGCUGGAAGCGGGCUGCUGAAGUGACACAAAACUUGAAGCAGAGAAUCGAAAUGAUGAAGGUAGAUUCUCAAAAGUAUAACAAGAAUGGCACGCGCAUGACUGACGCAUUUACAGGCCAAGCAAGGCAUUGGUAGGCCGCCACCACAAUAGAUCACGCCAUCUCAUGGCUCUUCUACUUGUCCACAUGCGUUCAGUCAGGCUGCAAUUUGGUAUUUUCACGCGGCGUUCGGUUGCGUUUGGACUCUACAUCAGCUCUAGGCCUGAGAGGUUUGUACGUCCUGGGUUUGGGCAGGAUUUGCAUCAAGUAUACGGUGUUGGCGAGGUGUGGUUCGUAUCC